GCCACUCUGAACCCAAAUGUAGAACAAGCAACAGGCAGAAACAACAGCCCGACAGGAGACCCCUCUCUCACGAGAGUGGCAGCUGAGCAGGAUGACUCAUUUUUGGCGUCUUUAAUUAAACAUCUGUCCGUGCCUCUCAACCACUCAGUCCUGCUCCUGUUAGAGAUUUAGCCUGAUAAUAGCCUGAUAAUAUAGCAUAUUUAGAAAUCUGUAAUACCUGUACAUGCAUGAAAUAAAAUCAUCACCAAAAAUGAACAUUUGUAAAUUUUAUUUUUAGUGUGGUAGCUAAUGUGUUUAAAGUGGUUUUAAGUAUAUUUACGUAUAUUUCUACGGCAUUCAGUAAGGUUUCUAGGGAGUUCAGGAUGAUUGCUAGGUGGUUAUUUAAUUUUAAAAAGCCCAUUGCUUGUUUCUGAGCUCAUCCCUGAUAUUCAUGUAUGUAGAUUGACCCCUGAUUCCUCUUUUCUUGUUCAGUAUUGAAUUUUGGACCCAAAAGUUACUUACUGUAGAAAUGUACAAGUACAAACAAUAGUAGAUCUGAGGUAUCAUUCACAUUGGUAAUGCAAACUUGUGGGAUGAGUUAUGCACUUAAGUUUAAUACUUAGGCUAAGGGGUCUUGAAUAGAUAUGGAAGUUAAGUUGAGUGAUAAUAAUAGUGUAGGCACCAUUAAUAAUAAUUGUAAUUCUGCUAAUAUGCUGACUAUGUAUGUAUUUAAAAAUGUUUUAGAUUUCAGGCUUAGAACCAGAGAAUAAAUUGUACUUUUUGGCUCUACUAAGUGCUGUUGCUAAUGACUUGUAGUACAGCUUGGCUGAUGGCACUGAAACAUUUCCUCUGAACCCAAUGCAGGUCAUUGGAAUAGUAAGUGAAUUAGAUGAGGGGCGAUUGUUUUCCCCACUGUCUUGGCCUUUACUGGGCCAACAGUUUCUCUUUCUCUCUCUGCUUCCUUCCCUCUGCUACUAUCUCUCGACUUCUCUUUCAGCGGCUCUCUUAUUCUCCCACACUGCCUCACAGGCCAGGACUCUGGUGUCAAGUGUUUGACAGGGGUUACACUUUAGCUGAGGUGAUGUCCGGUCGACUGUUGUGUCAGAGGUCGUGGCACCUUGGAUUCUUCCUCAUUGUGUUGACCUCCAUCUCAAAGUCAAAUGACAGAUAUCAUUUAAAAUAUUGAAGCAGUGGGUUUCUUCAGGCGAAUGUUGAAUUUAGUGGUUGUCUAAUAUCUGGAGCCACAUGACGGUUCAGGCUGGAAGGAUAGAGGUGGCGCUAGUUGACAUUGAAGGUAUGGAGAAUACUAACGGUGUGGAUAAUUUCAAUGACCCACACUAUCCUAACGAGAUGACGGCUUUGACGGUGGAAAUGCCAGAGUUUGGGCCUGGCAGCACCUACUCAAAUUCUGCGAAAGUAUCGCCAUAUAAAGAGAAGAUCCCUCAAAAUUUGGACAAACCGCAAUCACCUGUCCUGCCCCCUCACACGAGGAGAGGUCGUGCCAGCUGCGCUAGUCUGAUUUCCAACUGGAAGUUACUUGUGAACAGUGAAGGAACGCAAAGCGAGACGAUCUUCAGUAAACUGGCCAAAGAAUACGAGGACUUGUUUGUGGAUAAGCGACAUCUCGAUGAUGGGGAUCAAAAGGUCAUCAUUAACAUCGCUGGUCUUCGUUUCGAAACCCGCUUGAGGACCCUCGACCAGUUCCCAGACACCCUUCUGGGCGAUCCAAUGAAAAGAAUGGGCUAUUUUGACCCCAUGAGAAACGAGUAUUUCUUUGACCGCAAUCGUCCGAGCUUUGAUGGGAUCCUGUACUACUAUCAAUCAGGGGGGAAGGUCCGGCGGCCAGCGAAUGUACCUUUAGAUGUCUUCGCGGAUGAAAUCAUCUUUUACGAGCUAGGACAGGAAGCCAUGGACCAGUUCCGCGAGGAGGAAGGGUUUAUAAAAGACGUGGAAGUCCCGUUACCGUCCAAUGAGUUCUACAGGCAGUUCUGGCUGCUUUUUGAAUAUCCCGAGAGCUCAAACGCAGCCCGAGGGGUUGCUCUCGUUUCCAUCUUCGUCAUCGUCAUCUCCAUCAUCAUAUUCUGCAUGGAGACUCUCCCAGAAUUCCGCGAGGACCUGGAGAUUUUUCCAACGGCGGGACUUGCCUUCAACCAGACGUAUCCCUCAGGUGCUCCUCCAAGUGCCUCUCCCAAAACCAUCACCAGCACCUUCUCCGACCCCUUCUUCAUUCUUGAGACCGCUUGCAUCAUCUGGUUUUUCUUCGAGCUCUGCGUACGUUUCCUGGUUUGCCCCAGCAAGCGGGAUUUUUUUAACAACAUCAUGAACAUGAUUGACAUCGUCUCCAUUGUUCCCUAUUUCGUCACUUUGAUAACGGAGAUCGUGACCACCACCAAUAAGUCCAACACGGGGCAGAAUAUGUCUCUGGCCAUCCUGCGAAUCAUCAGACUGGUGCGGGUCUUCAGGAUCUUUAAGCUUUCCAGACACUCCAAAGGACUGCAGAUCCUGGGCCAGACGCUCAAGGCCAGUAUGAGGGAACUUGGUCUGCUCAUUUUCUUUCUCUUCAUCGGCGUCAUCCUCUUCUCCAGCGCCAUCUAUUUUGCUGAGGUGGAUGAUCCCAAUACCCAAUUUGUUAGCAUUCCUGAUGGAUUCUGGUGGGCUGUAGUCACCAUGACCACUGUGGGAUAUGGAGACAUGUGUCCUAUUACGUUAGGUGGUAAGAUUGUGGGCACUCUAUGUGCCAUUGCUGGGGUGUUGACCAUCGCCCUGCCUGUGCCUGUAAUAGUCUCCAAUUUCAACUACUUUUACCAUAGAGAGACAGAGCAGGAGGAAAAGCAGCCCAUAGCCGAUUCAACCGAUCAAGCUUUAAAGUCAGGGAACAAUGCAAAACAAGGAAGUAAUUCCUCUCUGAACAAGGCAAAUGGGAACUGGCAGACAGACAAAUCAAAGUAUUAAAACCCAUAUCAAAACGUCUUUUUCAUGAGCAUGAAUCUCAUGAAACAUGUUCGGGUCAUAUUUGACCACAAAAUCAAGAGAUUAUAUUUUGCAUAAAGAAAAAUGUCUGUUUUAGUAUCACUUAAAGUUUUAUCAUAACAAAUAAACAUUAUCAUUCCAGUUUUCAUUACAGAAAUGCAUCUGGAUGUUUUACCUUAAUUAAUUUGUAAUUGUCUUUAUUCUCAAUGGCAGUUUUCAUCAGAUUCCCAUCAGUGUAAUAGUACUUGUUAGGGCUGUGCAAUUAAUCAAAUGCUUUUUUUAAAGCCGGUUCUGUGAUUUAGUAGUAAAUGUCCAUCGCAUGCUUUCAGAUGGAGCGGCAUUUACUACACAGAGCCGUAGUUCACUGACAAGCUACACAAAACCGCGUUCAUAAUCGCAGACAAUUCAAUUAAUCAAUUAAUUGCAGAGCCCUAGUGCUUGUCAAAUCGAGACAAUGGCAAUUAAUCACUACAAAAUAAAAGUCUGUGAUUACAUAUAUGUCUGUACUAUGUAUAUUUAUAUGUAUAUAGAAGUAUACACACAUGUAUUUAAGAAAUAUUUAUAUAUGUGUAUAUAUGUACUGUAUAUUAAUAUUUAUAUAUGAUAUUUAAGAUAUUUCUUAAGUAUAUGCAUGCAUGUUUGUAUAUUUAUAUAUACAUAUAAAUAUGCAGUGCACACACAUUUAUUAUGUAAACAAACUUCUAUUUUUUAUGCGAUUAAUCGUGAUUAAUCAAUUUGACAGCACAAGAGUAUUUAAUUUAUCGUUAUCAGUUAAAUGCUUUACAAGAAGCACUCAAAUUGUUUCCCUAAAGCAAAAAAAAAAUUACUACAUUAUUUUCCUUUAUACAUUUUACAUUUUUUGUGAUGAAAUAUGACCCAGACAAGUUCUUCACAGGUUUCAUGAGAUUCAGCCAAUGUUUCAUUUUUAGUGCUUCAGUGUUUGCUAGAUGUUUUUUUCAAUUCUUGGGAACAGAUGAUUAUAAAUGUUAUCUAACUUGAAUGAUAUGAAUGAGAUAACAGUUUCUCUGAAAACAUAAGUAUUUAGAUUUAUGUUAGAUUUGCAUCCGUGUUGCAUAAUCCUAUUAUUAAAUAAUAAUACAACCUAAACCAUCUCAUAAUCUCAUAAACCUACCACAUACGGUCCACUAUGUGUAAUUAAAAAUGACUGAGUCACUCUGAAAAUUAAAUGGCAACAGUGUCAUCAAGUGCGUUUGGGUAGUUUAAUGCAUCUACCAGCAAACUACCAUUUUGGGUAACCUGCAAAAUGACACCUUUAACAUUUAUCUCUAACACCGUUGUUUCUGUGUAUGUGUUUUCUAGCAUAAAUCCAAUUAAGCAGUGUAUUUCAUCAAUGUAUCAUUUUGCAUUUAAAAUGAUAAUCAUUAUGGUUUGUUGUGGCACUUUAGAGGAAGCUCAGCCAAUGAAGAGGAGAAAUGCAUUCAGAGUUUUCCACUUACAGUCCAUGUUCAUUUCUAUGAGUAUUACAGUGCCUUUCACUCAAAUGGGUUGAACCUGUUGUUGCAUAUUGAGUGGAACUGAUUUCCUCGUAUUAAUGGUAAAUGUUGUCUUGAGUUGAAAGAAAUACAUAUUCAUGGACCUAUCAAGACUUCCAAGUCAUGUUUUCUCUGAUUAUCACUUUCUCAGAUUCAACAGUUGCCUAGAGAAAGGUUAGAGAAAUUAAGAAUUUUCUUUGCGAAAAAUGGAUCAUUUUGCUUAAGUGAAACUAUACAACAUUUUGUUGGAGAGAGAAUCAGGGAGCGAUGAGCCAAGGUCUCACUGUAUUAUUAAGUUGUUUUGCAAAAUCUUGUGAAUCUUGGUGAGCUGUUGCCCAAGACAUACUGUAUAUAAACACAUGUUUUCAUUGUGUUUUUGAUGUUAUAACUGCUGCUAUUUUAUACUUACCUGUAGUUGUGUCAUUUUAGUAUGAAUCAGUAGUGUGUUACUGUUCUUUUAAUAGGUGGAGGAAGAAAUUAGCAUCAUAAAAAAAUGUCAUUGUUAAUAUGACAUUUGCACAUUUUGCCUCUAUAAUGACAGUUCUUCACAGACUAACUGAACAUUAUGGUGGCUGUGCUACAGAAUGAACUGUACAUUUUAAUCAUUUUAUUCUAUAAUUAGAAUCUAAUGAGAACAUCCAACGCCUUCAAAAAUAUUAAUAAGGAAUCUUCAGGAACUUGAAUAUCAUGUGCUUAGCCUGACAACUGAUCAUAGUUGGUUGUAAAUUUAUAACUGUAAAUAAGUGACAACAUAAAGCCAUUUCAUGUGGUGGUAACUGUGUAUUGUAUGUAUUAAAAUAAUACAUUGUGUACUUGUUGCAGUGUUUGACCUGAAAUGCAAAUCACAGUGAUAUGAA